ACGUUUGAUUCCUUGUAGAAACAAGAACUGGAAAGUCAAUUCUCAUCCUCUUCACUUAUUCUUGAUGAACAAAUAAUGUCUAUUUGCGCGUAAGACCAAUUCGAUUAUCCGGUUGAGGAACAAAUCAACUUGUUAAUUUUCACGUUUUUGAUAAGACUGAUUACGAGUCUUCUCUUAAAAUAGAAAAAGUCUUCUUAUAUAUUUAUACUUUUAAUAUAAAAAAUUAUUGUAAUUAUUUAAAACGAAUUAUAUAACCUAAUAGAAAAGGGAUGGAAAGGACAAUAGGCGGUUUGAAAUUGAAGUUGAAAAGUGGAUCGGCAGAGAAGUUGAACGAUCGUGUUGCCCUUUGAAUUGGUGAUGAUGUCGAUAACAGGGAUACAGGGGCAACCUCUUGAGGUUACGGUGGUGUCGUGUUCCAAGUUGAAGGACACAGAAUGGAUUUCAAGGCAAGAUCCGUACGUUUGUGUUGAAUAUGGAAGCACCAAGUUCCGAACCAGAACCUGCACAGACGGUGGAAAGAAUCCCGUGUUUCAAGAGAAGUUCGUGUUUCCCCUCAUUGAAGGCCUUCGGGAGCUCAAUGUCUUCGUUUGGAACAGCAAUACCCUCACCUUUGACGAUUUUAUCGGGAGCGGAAGGAUUCAACUGCACAAGGUUCUUUCUCAAGGUUUUGAUGACUCUGCUUGGCCGCUUCAAACCAAAACUGGCAGACACGCAGGUGAAGUGAAACUCAUAUUGCAUUAUGCUGCUCAAAAUCAAAGGAAAUCAAACUCAGUCCAUCCUCCUUCAGCACCUCAAUAUGCGACCCCUCAAGUCCCUUUGUAUGGUACUUCCUACCCACCACCUCCCACUGCAGCUCCUUACCUUCCAACUGGAUCUGUAUCUGCUUACCAAGGUUCAUACCCACCACCAUCCACGCUUUCAUACCCACCACCUCCCACUGCUUACCCUUCUUCAUCUCCCUCUCCCUAUUCUUCACAUUCACCUGCCUAUCCACCACCAUCAUACCCUGCAUCAUCUCCCUAUCCUCCCCCUUCAUAUCCACCACCUUCUGCUUAUCCUCCACCUCCAUAUCCGCCACCUGCAGGUUAUCCUCCCGGAAUAUACCCUCCACCGCCAUACUGACAUGGAUCUUCUACGUUCUCAAGCAAGGAAGCAACAUGGCUUGUAGAUGACUUGUAUAAUCUUCUCCCAGCUUUAGUUGUUAUCAGGUGCCAAGGUUUUCAAUGUUUCAUGUAUUUUACUUAAGGAGUAUUUGUGUAAGAUAUUUAUUUUCUAGUCAUGACUUUCUUCUGUUAAAAAAGCUGAGAUUGUCACUAGAUUUAUAGUCCUGAUUCUUCUAAUAUCUCACUUUUAAUAUAAAAUUAACGGUAAUGAUUGUUUCAAGUGUGAAAAGAAGAGCAUGUGUAUUAGAUGGAUUUGUGGAACGAAAUUUUGAUGCCACACUUAACAGGCACUUUGAAAUUUGUUUGCCAAUAGGAACUUCAGAGUUCCUUUCACUGAUUGUUUAAACUCCCUCUAAAUCAGUUUGAGUUUUUAGACGCAUAGCUUGUGUAGUGUUUGUUCGUAUUUUCUUUGGUAAUUGGACAUUUAAUUGCGUCGGUAUGGGUGAAACUUGAAUUGCGGAUCAAGAUACUCAACUAGUAGGAUUGAAGAGCGUCCAUCAGAUUACUCUAUGUUGAUUCCAUGACCCAAAAGAACCAAAACCAUCUAAAUUCA